AUGGCUCCUCACAAACCCCCCUCCUCCAGCAUCACCACAACCCUCACCCUCCUCCUCACCCUCAUCCUCCCCACAAACGCCAUCCUCUCCCCUCCCCCCCUCAUCAUAAACACCUGGUCCGGCCCCUUCACCGCCGCCACCAACGCCGCCUUCCUCGCCCUCACAAACUCCUCCUCCACCCUCGACGCCGUCCAGGCAGGCUGCCAGGCAUGCCAAAGCAAACAAUGCGACAACACCGUCGGCUUCGGCGGCUCCCCCGAUGAGUCCUGCGAGACGACCCUCGACGCCCUCAUCAUGGACGGCCAGACGCUCAAUGCAGGCGCCGUCGCGAAUCUGCGGCGGGUUAAAAAUGCGGUGGGCGUGGCGAGGCAUGUGCUUGAGUAUACGCAGCACACACUGCUGGCGGGUGAUCAAGCAACGCAGUUUGCCCUGGAAAACGGCUUCACCGAAGAGAAUCUAUCAACAAAAGACUCGCUAAAAGCAUGUCACGACUGGCACGCAAACAACUGCCAACCAAACUACCGCUCCAACGUCCUCCCAAACCCCUUUUCCUCCUGCGGCCCCUACUCCCCCCUCAACUCCUCCCUCAAACCCUCCAGCAACUCCAUCUCCCACGACAACCUCUCCCACGACACCCUCUCGCUCCUCGCCCUCUCCCCCUCCGGCUCAAUGGCAUCCUGCACAACCACCAACGGCGCCGCCCACAAGAUCCCCGGCCGCGUCGGCGACGGCCCCAUCCCCGGCAGCGGCUCCUACGUCGACUCCACCGCGGGAGCCUGCGGCGCCACCGGCGACGGCGACCUGAUGAUGCGCCUCCUGCCGUGCUACCAGGCCGUCGAGAGCCUCCGCCGCGGCAUGACGCCCCAGGAAGCCGCCGACGACGCCGUCCGGAGGAUCGUCGCCCGGUAUCCCGCGGCCAGGACGGGGAUUGUCGUCGUGGAUAAUAAGGGCGAGCAUGCGGCUGCGGCGAGUGGAUGGGAGUUUACGUAUUCUUAUCGGGGGGCGGGCAUGGAAAAGGCAGAAGUGGUGGUCGUCAAAGCGUUGAACGAGGCAUCGGACAGGCUAGAGCUGUAA